UUGUUGCUCCUCUGAGGCCGCACCCGCCGGCCGACACCGAUGGAGGAGUGUUCGGACGGCGUGGUUUUUCUGGCGGGUGCAGCUUUGCUGACCGUCUCGCUGUGCUGUCUGACGUACGUGAUCUCGCUCUACGUCCAGGCGGCCAGGGACAGCCACUGGGUCAGAUCCUUUCUAGGCAAGCCCAAGCCUCCAGUGCCUCCGAAGCCCACGGCGCUGCUCUCGGAGGCAGGCAUCCGCCGGCCGGUCAUCACUGUGUCGCCGCUGGCCGAGGUGACCGACCCGAGCCAUGCCAACGGCGUCACGAAGGAAGGUGACAGUCCGGAAGACCCAGGCCAAAAUAAAACUGCUCACGAGGUGACAGUGGUUAUAGAGCACCGAGAAGAAGCGGAGGCCCUGUGCAACGGUUCGAACGACACCAUGCCUGCGAUCGACGACAAAGCCGACUCCACUCCGAGCACUAGUGCGCAGCCAGUGCAAAACGGCGACUCCGAAGCACAAUCCAAGGACACGCAGCAGCCAUCCGACAGCAGCAAACGGAAUACCAUAACAGAGGACUGGUCCAUCAAGGACAACGUUGAAUCGGGAGAUGAAGCCUGCUGCACACGACUCUCGCAGCUCAUUCACCGCAAGGCUAAAGAACUGUCCAAUCACCUCACGAAGCCUCCCAAACCACUCAAGCCCCUCAAAGAGAACAAGGCACCGCUAACGCGAACAAAAAGCUUUGGCGAUGAAAUUCCAGGAGGCAGGCACGGUAUUCGUUACGCCGACGAAGACACCGAGGCUAGCUCAGAUUACCAGGAUGUAGACUUCAGCAAGAUCGCGGUUGCUGAGGUGACUACGGUGUCGGUUCACAAGGAAGGCACGCCCAAGCCGAUCGUCGAAGAAAAUGAGUACGAAAUAGUUGAAGCGCCUCGUGAGGAAAUCAAACCCACACCCCUGCCUGUCGCCCCCAUCAUGGUCAUCGUAGAAGACGAAGAAACCAAGCAGUCUAGCGUCGUUCUCGAGGCCACCCAGAAGAAGACGAGGUCUCUAGAAAAGCCAAAGAGGCCGCCACCACCAAAGCCCGAAGCGGCGAAGAAGCAGCGUGUCAGAUUCGGGGUCGAAGUGUUUCCCUCCGACAUCAUCGCUGCGAUGGCUGCGAAAAAAAAAGGUGCCACAACUGAAUCGAGCUCUCCUCAGUUGGUGCCGGCCGAUUCAGAAGCGGCUUCAGUGAAGGACUCGCAUUCGGACAAACUUGUACAAGAAGAACCUGCCCUGGAAAAUCCCAUUCUUGUCCGAGUCAAGGAGAGAGAGGAGCCGAGUCCUGUGCUUUCGACUAAGAUGCCAAAGUCUAUGUUCCCGCAGUCAUCUCCUGCGAAAAAGGUGAAGCCCCAGCGACCUCCCCCUCCGAAGAUUCCCACCGUUGUUUCGUCGCCUCAUCCGACUUGUUCGCCGCCGCCUCCCCCAUCGUCGCCGCCAAGCUCCCUGGAGGAGCCAACAGUUUUAUCUGUUAGCACUUCUCCAAUUACGUCAGAAAGUGCGUCCAAUGUGGCAGAUGAAAAGAAAAGUACAGAACUCGUCGUUUCUGAAGCUUCAGCUGUCGUGGAUGGAGAAGCUGAGGUCAUUCCGAAAGAAGUGCCUUCGUGUUCCCCCGUUGUGUCUCAGGAACCUGUGAUAGAAAGUGAAGUGAUCCCCGCUGAAGCAAAAACCGCUGCGGAGGGUUCCAAGUCCAGUGAAACUCCGCGCAAGAAGCGAACACCUCCACCGAGGCCGCCACCUCCCAGGUGCAAGCCGAAGCUGGCGGAGAUGGUGGGGAAGCUAACAGUUCCGCAGAAGCCAAUGGUUUCACAAAAGCCUGCAACUCCAAAGAAGCCCAUGCCUUCGCAGCGACACGCCGUCUCGUCGUCAUCAUUAAAGCAAGCGGUUCAGUCGGGCACAAAUGAGUAUAGCCAGACAGACGACCUUGUGGCGUUUCGUGCGAAGAACAUCGUCGCUGACCUCGACGCCCUCCUGGCUCAGAGGGAAGCAGAAGAGGCUGCGCGGGUGAAGAACGUGUCGUGCAUCGAGACAUCUCUCAAAACAAUGGCACGGGAAGCCGCACAUCAGUUUAAGCAACCCGAGGAUUCAACAUGCGCACUCCUCGACAUGAAAACAGAAGACGUUCCUCAGGCUCCACCGCGUAGACGGCGCCAGCGCUCGAGGACAGUGGAGGCAGUCAGGGUCACAGGUGAUGAGCAUUGCAGGCAGCCACGGAGAAGCCACUCGCUGUCCGAAGCCGAUAUCCGAAUCCGGAUGGCCCAGAGGCUAGGCCCAAGCAAUAAUUCUGAUGUUGCAGCUACCGUAACUGAAACAUUUGUAAUGGUGUUGGAGUCACCUCUUACGAAGAAGGAGCUGAAGGAUCUCUACACCAAUGUCAUGAUCGCCCCUACGAAAGACCGUCGCUUUAAGGAGGUUCCCCAGCCAACACCGUCGACCGGAAUGCGUUUUCGACCCCUUCCACCUCCUCCACCGCCCCCGCGAGGAAGGUCCAAGUUGCCGACUUCAUCUGCUGCUAGUUCUUUUGACGAGAACCCUUCAACGCCUCCAGCAGGCAGCAAUGAACCUUCGAGCACCGAUCCGACCAAUGCUGCCUCCCAGGAGCCGAGUGAAAGCCCAGUGGCACGCAGAGAGAGCGUCGAAAUGAGGACGAGUCCAGCUAAGCACGAUUCCAAGCGCGACUCUAAACGUGAAUCCAAGCGGGAUUCCAAACGCGAUUCCAAGUCUGAACCGCACAGCCGGCAGAGCCCAAAGAGUGGAAGCACUUCUCCCAAGGUUCGCUGGGAGAACGGGGAGCCGAAGUCGUUCCGGCUUUCCAACAGCACUUUCUACGGUCCGCCGCUCGAGAUUCCACCGGAGGCACAGCGGGGUGCCGAGUCGCCGAGCACGGAGCCCAACGUCAGCAGCGAGAAGUCACGCUCCAGCUGGUACGACGACAGUGACGCGUCAGGCGACGUCGCAGAUGUAGACUCGCCGGCUGUGCCCAGUGACACCGACCCCGCAGUCAGCUCGCGCAGGUCCGACUCCUCCCCUAGCUCGGUGCAGCGGUCGAAGACGAGGUUGAAGGAGAAGAAACGUGCAAGUGCAAAGUUUUACUGUGAUGUAGAGGUGGAGCGGGAAAGUUCAACGGACGGAGACAUGCCGCCACGUACCCCUUCCAGGGCAAGCGGUUCGGACAGGGGGCUCGAGGCAGCUGAAAACAAAGGGGAAGAUACGGAUGAACUCCUUGAGAUGGCUGAAGGUCUGCAGAAGGAGAUGACGCAGGUUUUGGUGGAACGACAGAAGAGGCUGCUGGAGACAUUCGACAAUGAGCUGUCGGCACAGAGGGCAGAGAGCGAAUCCAGGGAGCACCGGUUGACGGAAGAGAAGGACUCGCCUUCGCUGAUGCCUCGCAAGGACCUCCCCAGCACCCACUCAUCUGCCUCGGAGGUGAGCUGGCAGGGAUCAUCGGAAGAUGAGAGCGAUGGGGAGGAGACGCGGAACAUGUCGCUGGACGAGGCCGCCCGACACCGACGCAAGCGCAAGUGCAUGUACAUUGCUCGGGAGAUAGCCAGCUCGGAACAGGUCUUCGUCGAUGCCCUGCACCUGCUAAACAAGGACUUCAAGAAAGCCGUACAAGCAGCUAGUGAGGAGCGCGGUUCGCCGAUUGUCCCCGACGAGGUCUUGGACCAGAUUUUGAAACACCUGCCCCAGCUGGUAGACUUGAACGAGGAGCUCCUUGGGCAGCUGCAGGAGCGGGUGGACAACUGGGAAGGCAGGGAGAAAGUGGCUGACGUCCUCAUCAAGAUGGGUCCAUUCCUCAAGCUGUACUCGUCAUACAUCAAGGAUUUUGAGGCCAUGACAUCUGCUCUGGAGGAGGCCAAGCGCAAGUACCCCGAGUUCCAGAAGGUUGUCCGCACUUUCGAGCAAAGCCCUCGCUGCCGGCAGCUAACCCUGCCGCAGUACAUGCUCAAGCCAAUCCAGCGGAUACCUCAGUACCGGCUCCUGCUCACCGACUACGUCAAGAACUUGGAAGUGGAGACGCCCGAGUACAGCGACGCCUGCGCCGCUCUCGAGAUAGUCUCCCAGGUGGCCGAGCAUGCCAAUGAGACCAUGAAGCUUGGGGACAACUUCUCCAAACUCAUGUCACUACAAAACAGGAUCUCUAACCGCUACGAAGUGCUCAAACCAGGAAGGGCCUUUUUGAAGGAAGGUGAGCUGAUGAAGGUCUCUCGCAAGGAGAUGCAGCCAAGGUACUUCGUUCUGUUCAGCGACAGUCUCCUGUAUCUAGUGCCAACGCCCCAGGGGUUCUACAGGGUCAACUAUGAGCUUCCCUUGUCUGGCAUGAAGGUGAUGGUGCCUCCUCAGCAGGACUACCAGAACGAGUUCAGCGUCUACACCACAAAGCGUUCUUUCAUCUUAUCUGCCAGCUCGCCAGAGGAACGAGAAGAGUGGAUAUCAGCCCUGAACAAAGCCAUCGAAGACAACAUUCACCGCAAGAGCUCCUUCCACGUCCUCAAAAAGGAGGGUUCGCAGUCCUCGUCGAGCUCCGAGCUGGGCCGAGAGGCGCCCGUGUGGAUUCCCGACCAGCGGGUGACCAUGUGCCAGCUGUGCACUAGCGGCUUCACCUUCACCCACCGGCGGCACCACUGCCGCGCCUGCGGCAAGGUCGUCUGCGCCACUUGCUCCUCUCACCGGCUUCCCCUGCCUUACCUGGGCAGUGACAAGCCCGUCCGCAUCUGCGACGACUGCUUCCGCUCCCUCCAGUGUGGCGGUGAGCCGAGGGACCACCCGGAGGCAGAUGGGGAUGGUGACCAAGGCCAGGCGAGAAGGAAGAAGUAUGGCGGCGUUCUCCAGGAGGUGGCGGCAAACGAUCUGGGUUCGUCGAUAAGUGGCUACCUUCACCAUUGGUCGAAGAAAGCUUGGAAACGACAAUGGUUUGUCGUCAAGGAACACGUGCUGUACGUCUACAAGGCAAGCGAGGACGUGGCCGCGCUUCGGACGGUGCCGCUUCUCGGUUACCAAGUGGGUGCAGUCACCAAGGGCUUCGAAGAAGUUCCACGAGAGCAGCUCUUUCUUCUAGAACACACAGGGCUCGACCCACUAAUCUUCUAUGCAGACACAUCAGAUCUUGCGACGAGAUGGCGGGAGGCAAUGGAAGAGGCGACAAAACUCAGCUGAGACAUCGGUGAUCACUGCAAAGAACCGACGGGAACGUAAAAGGAACGACCUCGAGACGGAGCGUGCCUGUUCCAGAGUAGACGAGACUCUCUCGAACAUUGUAAAGCCACGUUGCGGGGCAUUCCUUUUUUUUCUCCAGCUGUUACUCACCAUCAAACGAACCAGAUGCGAAAGCCUCGUUAUGUUCGUGCGAAAAAGUAAAGAAAAAUUGGCGAGGCCGAGGCAAGCGCCUUACCCACUAAAGUCAUCUCGGCCUCACAAGUUGCAAUCUCAACCUGCAAAAAGAAAUGCCAGCAAGUUGUCGUGGCUUACCAUUGUAACUGCCUUGCCGUCCACGUGAAAAACAAGGCGCACCCACGCUUUAUGUGGCCUCCAGAGACACAACUAGUUGCUAGCAGGAAAAUCAAACGGUCCUUCUUUCGUACCAGUCUUUUUGUGUGUGUGUGCAUGCGUGUUAAACCCUCAAAACGUGCCUCCCGACGUCAGCAUGCAAAGGCAUCGUGACAUCUGCUCUUUUUUUUUUUUACCUAUCUGCCAGUUUUUGACACAUCUUUCAUUGUCCCUCCCCUUCAUAGGUUCCUCGUGCGAGAUGUUCGGUCUCGCAUCACUGUAUCGUGCCAUUCCCUUGGGGCCGUGCUUCUUAAUUUAUUGCUGCCAUCACCGCGUGAAAAUCGCCAAAACACUUGUUUGCAUUGCCUCGUUAGCUUGUGCAGCCCUCAUAAUCUCGUUUGUUCCUCGUAUAGACGUCUAUACAUUUACUUCAACUUACUCGCAGUGUGCACUGAUCGUUUGUGCAGUUGCGAGGAGCUGCACUGUUAGUCUAUUUUUACGUAGAUUGUUGAUCAUUCGUAGAGGCGACGUUUCAGUUUUAGCCGAUUUUAGCAAAACCUAUAGUUUUUUUAUUACCAACCAUCGGCGGUCCUGUCAAACCGAUCAGUGUCUACUUGCAGGUUGGUUACGUGCCGAAAUGUGUAUCCAGAAGAAACAGUUCAAGAAAAUGUCCGCGCUUCGCUUCCAGCCUGUUGUUGUGAUGAAGCUUUGUUCGGAUGCUGCAUUGUUCAAUGGAUACGUCAAUUCAUCGAGUGCAUUCACCUGUUUUAAAGCCAUUUCGAGGUCAGCUGCAUGCAAAGCAGCUAAAAUCGCAUGCAAAGCUGAUUGCUUUGCGUGCAGUGUUUUUUUUUUUUUUUUUGCGUAAUGACUUGAGAAUUGCGCUCCACUUCUCGGUGUUGCUGAACCGCCUCGCAGACAGUUAGAAAGGUGGAGGUGUUUUAUAGAUAGUUGCUUUUCCGAAUAGCUCUGCACCACUCCAUGCCUUUUUGCAUUGGAUGAGCUAAAGAGACUACACCGACAGAGUUGUGAUUACCACCGUGCCUUUUUUUCGUACAUAUAUAACUUAACUGGAUACUGCACGAAUCCAAGUUGUUAGUUUGGGCUGUGUGCAAUGUCGAAACGAGGAAGGCAGUUGUUAAUUUUUUUUUCAACCAGUUUGAAUGUUCAAUCUUUUGAUAGUAUAUAAUAUAUACAUAUAUAUAUAUAUUUGCUUUGUAAAUAAAACCGUUGCCAAUGAA